UAUAGCAUUGACACUGAGGACCAAACUGUCAAUUUACUCAUUUGAAUCUUUAAAACGUGACUUUACUUUACAGCCAGACACUGUUCAACAAAUAUCGGCCUCGUUAAACAAAAGAAGAUAUUCCGCAUCGAGAUCGUGCAUGGUUGGUGUGUUGUGCAGAGAUGGCGCUGGAGGAAGGGGCGCGGAGCUGUCUGCUGCGCUUUCGCCACAGACUGGAGCAGGACAUCAAAGCCGGCUACCUGAUGGACCACAUGAUCAGUGACGGUGUGAUGACUGUGGAUGAGGAGGAGAAGAUCAGGAUUAAGCCCACCAGAAAGGAUCAGGCUGCAGCCCUGCUGGAACUCUUACUGAUGAAAGACAAUCGUGCCUACAUCUCUUUCUACAACGCCCUGGUCAAGGAGGCAUACGAUGAUUUGGCACAUAUGCUCCACGGCGACCUACCGUGCGUUGUACCUGAUGCACAUAAGAGCUCCUCUGAUAGCCUUACAUCUUAUGUCCAGACGGUGCUUAGUGAAGGCGGAGUGCCACAGAGGCCCGUGGUGUUUGUCAGCAGACCAGAGCUGGUGAACCGGGUCAGGGAGAAACUGUACCGGCUCCAGAAGGAUACUGGCUGGGUCACGGUCUUCGGCAUGGCCGGCUCGGGCAAGUCUGUCCUCGCUGCCGAGGCUGUCAGACACCAUGGACUCAUCGAAGACUGUUUUCCUGGAGGUAUCCACUGGCUGGCCAUUGGUCAGCUGGACAAGCCGGACCUGCUGGUGAAGAUGCAGUCAUUGUGUUUUCGUCUGGAGCAGGGCCUGGAUUCCCAGUCCCUCUCCAGGCCCCCCACCUCUCUGGAUGAAGCCAAGGAGCGUCUGCGCUUCCUCAUGCUGCGGAGAUAUCCCAGAUCUCUGCUGAUUCUAGAUGACAUCUGGGAUAGUACAGUGCUGAAGGCGUUUGAUAUCCACUGUCGGAUACUUCUAACCACCAGAAAUAGAAGCCUUACUGACACUGUUAGCGGUGCUAAACAUGAGGUGGGAGUGCAGAGUGGUCUGGAUGAAAACAAGGGGCUGGAGAUCCUUGCUCUGUACACUAAAAUUAAGCCUCACGGGCUUCCUGAGGAGGCUCGCAGCAUCGUAAGAGAGUGUAAAGGCUCCCCUCUGGUGGUGUCUCUGAUUGGGGCUUUGCUCAAAGACAAACCCAACCGUUGGAGCUACUACCUCCGCCAGCUGCAGCAGAAACAGUUUAAACGUAUUCGGAAGUCGUCAUCUUACGACUACGAUGCCCUGGAUCAGGCCAUGGCCGCGAGCAUUGAGGUCCUACCUGACGAGCAUCGAGAGCUCUACAAGGACUUAACUGUGCUGGAGAAGGACAUCAAAGUCCCUGCUAAGGUGCUGUCUGUUCUGUGGGAUCUGGAGCCGGAGGAGGUGGAGGACAUUCUCCAGGAGUUUGUUGACAAGUCUCUGCUUUUUGUGGACAGUCACAACAAACCCUACCUGUACUACCUUCACGACCUCCAGCUGGACUUCCUCGUGGAGCAGAAUCGAACCCAGCUCGAGAUCCUUCACAGUAAGGUGGUGAAUCAGUACCAACAGCACUACAGAGAUGGUCCUCCCACCUCAGGAGAUGAGGAAUGUCUCUACUGGAUCAGAUUCUUGACCUACCAUAUGGCCAAAGCCAACCUCUCACAGGAGCUGUACUCCCUCAUGUUCUCUCUGGAUUGGAUCAGCACCAAGGCCCAGAUAAUGGGUCCAGCUCACCUCAUCAAUGACUACAUGGAGUAUGGAUCCAUUCUGGACAAAGAGAACAGCGAAGUGCGAAGUCAGUUCCAGGAGUUUCUGUCUCAGAACGGCCACCAGCUGGAGGAGCGUCCUUUCCCUGACGUUGUGCAGCUCGCUCUGUCUCAGCCACACAACUCUGAGGUGCACAGACAGGCCCGGCUACAGGCUCAGGACCGGACCAGCGCUGGGAAACUCUACUUUGAUCUAGUGAAUAAGAGCAGCGUAGAGAAUCUGUCCCGUUUGGUGAUCCACCCCCACCAGGGCUCCAUCUACUCUGCCUGCUUCUCUCAUGAUGGAACCAAAAUUGCCUCUUGUGGAGCAAGCAAGACACUCAAGGUGUUUAAAAGUACCUCGGGCGAGAAGCUCACAGAGAUUCAGGCCCACGAAGACGAAGUGCUUUGUUGUGCCUUCUCCCCUGAUGACCAUCUCCUAGCAACCUGCUCUACUGACAGGAAAAUCAAGGUGUGGAACGCAGAGCGCGCCAUGCUACUGAGGGUUUUUGAGGAGGAGCACGAGGAGCAGAUCAACCACUGUCAGUUCACCAACACAACUCAGCGCCUCCUGCUGGCCACAUGCUCCAACGACGAAUUCAUGAACGUUAAGCUGUGGAACCUCAACAAACCGUCCUCCCAGAACACCAUGUUCGGGCACUUUGCGCCCGUCAGCCACUGCUGUUUCUCCCCUGAUGACAGUUAUUUGUCCACUUCCUCCAACGAUGGCACCGUUAAGCUAUUUCAAGUGUCGUCUGCCAACGAGUGGAAGACAAUCGGUGUGAGGGACUUGGUUACAGAGAGCGAUGAAGAGGUCCUCGUCAAGUGCAGCACCUGGACCGGAGACGGGAAACGCAUCAUAUGUGCAGUCAGAAAUGCUGUUCUGGUGUUUGACGUGGAGACAUCAGACAUGUUGUUGGAGAUCAGGACCAGUCGCCUGAGCACGGUGCAGUACUGUGACGCCUGUCCCACCACGAACCUGCUGGCCAUCGCGUUUUCAAAUUAUACCGUGGAGCUGUGGGAUCUUGAGGCCAAUAAGAAGAUGGCCGACUGCAGCGGUCACCUCAGUUGGGUCCAGCGUGUCCAGUUUUCUCCCGACGGGUCGCAGCUGCUCUCCUGCUCUGACGACCAGACUGUGAGGCUGUGGGAGACUAAUAAGGUUCACACAUCCUCAGCAAUCUGCCUGAAGAGAGAUUCUGACGUUCUCUUCAAUGGUGAGGAAAUCAUCGUGUCAGCUGCAGACAACUGCAACAGACUGCAGGUGCGUGAUGGCAGAACGGGAUCGGUGCUGUUCCAGUCAGAGGAGAAAUCAUCCAGGAUUAGGUGUACCUGUAUGUGCAGGCAGCCCUCUGCUGUGGUCCUGGGCCAGGAGGACGGCACUGUGCAGGUGUUGGAGGUGCCCUCUGGGAAGCUUCUGGCUACUCUGCUGGGACACACCAAGACUGUGCUGCACUGCCAGUUCAGCCAGAACGGCCAGACGCUCCUCACAUCCUCUGAGGACGCCACCAUAAGGGUGUGGAGGUGGCAAUCAGGUGAGUGUAAAGUACUUCGGGGUCACAAGGAGCAAGUCAGAUGCUUCUCUGUCCUCUCCGACGCACCAAACAACUCCAGACUGCUGUCCUGGUCCUUCGACGGUACUGUGAAGGUGUGGGACACGGAGAGCGGGGAGAUACUGCAGGACAUCGAGGCUCAUCCAGGAACUAUUCUGGCCUGUCAUGUCUCGCCAGACGGAUGCCUCUUUGCCACCACCUCUGCUGACAAGACUGCUAAGUUGUGGCACUGUGAGUCCUGGCAGUGUGUCCACACAUUGAACGGUCACCAAGACUGCGUCCGAAGCUGCCGAUUCUCAUGGGACAGCCAACGCCUCGCAACAGGAGAUGACAACGGAGAGAUCCGGCUCUGGAGCGUCAAGGAUGGCUCUUUACUGAAGAUUUGUUCCCGGGACACUAAGGACGGCAUGGACUCGCUCCACGGAGGCUGGGUGACGGAUCUGCACUUCUCCCCUGAUAACUCUCUUCUGGUCUCCACUGGAGGCUACAUCAAGUGGUGGAACGUGGAGAAAGGAGAAGCCCUGCAGACCUUCUAUCCGACGGGAAGCGCUUUGAAGAAGAUCCACGUGUCAUCAGACUUCUCCACCUUUGUUACCAUCGACAACAUCGGCAUCCUGUACAUCCUCCAGAGGGUGGCGUGAUGACGACGCUGCCAAAGCAGCUCGAAAAAAACACCGCUAUCCAGCCAAAUCCUACAGUUCCUUGCAAUAAACGUCAGUGUUAGGAAAUAUAUGCAGAAGUGGGCGUGUUUGGUUGCAUUAAGGACACCUGCAGAAGGUUAAACUGAGAGCUGCUGCCUUCCAGAGUCAACAAUGUUAAACAUACACAUACAUUUUAAGUUCUGUGGGGACAAAUGUCUCACGUUAUAUGAAAGUGCAGAUGCAACAUAAAGCUUCUGCUUCCAUCUGUGUGUUUUACACAUGAAGACAGUAAAUGCAAAUACUAAGGUUGUACAUAAAAUAGAGUCAAAUAUGUUAUAAAAACAACGAGAGGUGCAUUAAAAAGCAACACAUUCACUAAAAAGAAAAAAAAAAAAGCCAACGAUCCUGCUGAUCAGGAUCAAGCACAUCUUUUCAGUCAUCGCUAAUUAGUAGAUGAGCAUCAAAAGACUAAGAAGAUGUGAUUGUUGCAUCAAUUAAAAUGUGAAUAAUCAGCAUUACUGCAUGUGAUGUGAGAGACGCUGCAUGUGAGCGAUACAAGCUAUCAUGCACGUCUGCUGGUCUGUUUGAUGUCAUGAAGUGCAUUAGAUUCGUCUGUUCAUGUGAUGUUGUUGAACUGUUUUCUCUUCAUAUUUGCAUUUGUGGGCAGUUUUUUUGGGGUCUGAACUUCUUCUUCAGUAAAAACAAAAACAGUUUUGCACUUUUUUUUUUACACUGCAGCCUUAGCGUGAAUGGGAAUUCUGUGGGUACUAGUUUUGCGUGAAUGCUUUCUCAAUCCACCAGCAAAUAGACAACUUUUGGUGCACUUUGAUGAGUAUAAGUACAGCAUGGUGAAGUUUUAAUGAUGUAACAAAAGCCUGUGAGAAUGUGUGCGUCAGCUGUUCUUAGAUAAAAGGUAAAUAUUUUCUACAAAAAGACAGAAAAUGACAGCAUGUGAUUUAUAACUUCUAAUCAAUUUCCACUUGCUAAUGUUAAAAAGUGCUUUUUAAAAUUUUGUACCAGUCCCUUAUUACGGUAUCCUUUUAACUCUACAUACCAUUUUUCGGAACACUUUUACCAGCAAGUUGUCUUACUACUGAGCCUUUUCCUGUUCUGAGCACUUUGAAGCAGGAGUUACAAUCAUUCAGGAAGCUUUUGUUGAUGUUCAGACGCAGAUCCUCCUUUUAAGUGCUUCUACUUCUUUUUAAGAUUCAUUUUUGGGCUUUUUAUUUGAUGUGACAGGGAAGAGAGAAAGGAAACUUGGAGAGAGAGAGAGAGUGGUGGAAUGACAUGCAGCACAUGGUUCUGUCAACUGGGAAUCAAACCAGGGAUCUGCUGCUUGUGGCGCUUGUGUCCAUAUGGUACACGCCCGAACCACUCCACAACCAGGUCGCCCUUUCGUUCUUAUCCUUAACGCCAGAUCCGGGAGGAAAUAGAAGCACAAAAAAAUAAAAAAUAAAUAAGGAUGGAUUUCAUCAUUUCUAAACAAUACCAAUGGUGUCAUUUUCACAUUGUGCUCUUCCUGAUUGGUGCUUUAAAGUUAAAUUCAAUCAACAGACUUCUUCCCUGUGAGGACGUCUCUGGAAAACUUUUUUGCUGAUAAAUUGAUAUCUGCUCAGGUUGUAUUAAUACUGUUGUAUGGUGUGGUGAUAUGUGAGUCUAAUUUAUGGAUUAAACUUCAUACGCUGUGA